GCUGCCGGGCUCCGCUCCGCCUCGCCAGCCCCGAGCCGGGUGCCCCGGCCCUGCCGCUCCUCCCGGCCUCCGCAGUCCCGGCCCGGCGGGCGGCGUGCCGCCGCCGCCGCGCCCCGCGAUGCUGCAGUGCAAGCACGCGCAGGAGUUCAGCUUCGGGCCCCGCGCUCUGAAGGACGCGCUCAUCUCCACGGACCCCGCGCUGCAGGAGCUCUACGCCAAGGCCUUCUCCAGGGCGGAGAAGCUGUUCCUGUCCGAGGCCUACAACCCCCAGCGCACGCUGUUCUGCACGCUGCUCAUCCGCACGGCCUUCGACUGGCUGCUCAGCCACCCCGAUGCCCCAGAGGACUUUGAGACCUUCUACCACGCCGUGCUGAGGAGGAAGCAGAACUUCUGUCGAAAGCACAUUUACCUGCAGCCUAUAGAUUUAAUCGAAGGCCCCGCUGGGCUCUCGCUGCUGGAUUCCCUGCAGAGCUGUGUGGAGUCCUUCUUCCUGGGCCUGCGUGUGAAGUGCCUUCCCUCCAUCCCAGUCUCUUCCAUCCACUGCUGCUUCCGCCACAGCCGGGACUCGGACAGGGUGCAGCUCCACGCAGAUGGGAUCCUGAAUUUCCUGAAGAACAACAAACCCAUGGAUGCCCUGUGUGUCCUUGGACUUACCCUGCUGGACCUUUACCCAUGCGAGACCUGGAGCUUCACAUUCAGCAAAUUCCUGCCAGGACAAGAAGUGGGAGUCUGCAGCUUUGCCAGGUUUUCUGGGGAUUUCCCCCAGGCUGGUUGUAGCAGCCUGAACCCACCCACACAGAAGGAAGAGCUGUGUGAAGUCAGCAAGGAGGGAAGAGAGAAGACCCUGCAGUUCAGUGCCCAGGAGAUGGUCCAGUGUUGUAAGGUGACCUGCCACGAGAUCUGCCACCUGAUGGGGCUGGGGACGUGCCGCUGGCUGCAGUGCAUCAUGCAGGGAGCCCUGAGCCUGGAGGAGGCGCUGCUGCGGCCCCUGGAGCCCUGCCCCAUCUGCCUGCGCAAGCUGCAGCACGUCGUGGGCUUCAAACUCAUCGAGCGCUACAGGAAGCUGUAUGCUUGGACACAGACCGUGCUGUCCACGUGGCCAAGGCAGGAGCCAGCAGAGCUGUCAGCCUCCGAGGACAUCCUCCCGUUCAGCUCCGACUCCGGGAUGUGCUGCGAGAACGACUCCGAGGCCGUGACCUCCCUGUCCGAGCCGCUGACCCCCGACACCUGCAGCCAGGGCCUGUCCCUGGGGCCAGAGCUGGAGCAGGACGAGCAGCCCAGCUCCCUGCAGGAGGGGCAGGGCCAGCCCCAGCCCCCUGGGCACACCAAGGCCACGGACACCAUCAAGGAUUACGAGCUGUGGCUGGAGAUGUGCAUCGCUGCCCUGGAGAGGAACGUCUCUGAGGAGGAACUGGCUCAAGUGGACAGGAGCGUGGACACCCUGGCUAAGUGGGAAAUGUUUACAGGCCAGCUGCCUGCUAUGAGGAAGGACCUGCCCUUUGCUAGGGACAGCACUGGGCUACGCAAAGUUCUUGGAGACAAAUUUUCCUCCUUGCGGAGGAAGCUGAGUUCCAGAAAACUUUCCAAAGGGGAAUCGUCCCCUCAUCGCUGGCGCUGGGAGGACAACUAGGCCGCGGCUGCCUUGAGCCAGCUUUGCUCACCUCACUGCUUCCAGCCUUCCUCACCCCAAGCUGUUGCUGUCUCAGAGAAGCAGCAACUCCCCCCAGGAAUAAAAGGUGUUUUGUUUU